AAGGCUGCCCAAGGCAUGAGCACUACCCCAGCUCAACCUGUAGGAUCUCUGUCCCAAAGAAAGCGUCAGCAAUAUGCCAAGAGCAAAAAACAGGGUAAUACAUCUAAUAGUCGGCCAGCCCGUGCUCUUUUCUGUCUAUCCCUCAAUAACCCACUCCGAAGAGCCUGCAUUAGUAUAGUAGAAUGGAAACCGUUUGACAUAUUUAUAUUACUGGCUAUUUUUGCCAAUUGCGUGGCCUUAGCUGUUUACAUCCCAUUUCCAGAAGAUGAUUCUAAUUCAACAAACCAUGAUUUGGAAAAAGUAGAAUAUGCCUUCUUGAUUAUUUUUACAAUUGAAACAUUUUUGAAGAUUGUAGCAUAUGGAUUAUUAUUACAUCCCAAUGCAUAUGUUAGAAAUGGAUGGAAUUUGUUGGAUUUUGUAAUAGUUAUAGUAGGAUUGUUUAGUGUAAUUUUGGAACAAAUAACCAAAGAAGCAGAAGGGGGUAGCCAUUCCGGUGGCAAACCAGGUGGUUUUGAUGUAAAAGCUCUAAGGGCCUUUCGUGUCCUGAGACCCCUCCGGCUUGUAUCAGGAGUGCCCAGUUUACAAGUUGUCCUGAAUUCAAUUAUAAAAGCCAUGGUUCCCUUGCUCCAUAUUGCCCUUUUGGUAUUAUUUGUAAUCAUAAUCUAUGCUAUUAUAGGAUUGGAACUUUUUAUUGGAAAAAUGCACAAAUCAUGUUAUUUUGAAGAUUCAGAAAUAUUAGCUGAAGAUGAACCUGCACCUUGUGCAUUCUCAGGGAGUGGACGUCAGUGUCCUCAAAAUGGCACUGAAUGUAAGGGCGGCUGGCCUGGACCAAAUGGAGGCAUAACAAACUUUGAUAAUUUUGGUUAUGCAAUGUUAACGGUAUUCCAGUGUAUAACCAUGGAAGGAUGGACAGAUGUGUUAUAUUGGAUGAAUGAUGCUAUGGGAUUUGAAUUGCCAUGGGUGUAUUUUGUCAGUCUCGUCAUCUUUGGGUCAUUUUUCGUUCUAAAUCUUGUUCUCGGUGUAUUGAGCGGAGAAUUUUCCAAGGAAAGAGAAAAGGCCAAGGCCAGGGGAGAUUUUCAAAAGCUACGUGAAAAACAACAGCUAGAAGAAGAUCUCAAAGGUUAUUUGGAUUGGAUUACUCAAGCAGAAGACAUUGACCCAGAGAAUGAAGAGGAAGGUGAUGGAGAAGGCAAACGAAAUACAAGCAUGCAAGCAAGCGAGACUGAGUCAGUAAAUACUGAAAAUGUGGCUGGUGAAGGAGAGAACACAUGCUGUGGAAAUUUGUGUCAAAUUAUCUCAAAAUCCAAGUUCAGCCGACGCUGGCGUCGAUGGAACCGUUUCAGUCGAAGACGAUGCAGAGCUGCUGUAAAAUCUGUUUCUUUUUAUUGGUUGGUCAUUGUCCUGGUCUUCCUAAACACAUUAACUAUCUCAUCUGAGCAUUAUAAUCAGCCUGACUGGCUAACAGAAAUACAAGAUAUUGCAAACAAAGUCCUUCUGGCUUUAUUCACCUGCGAAAUGUUAGUAAAAAUGUACAGUCUUGGGCUGCAGUCUUACUUUGUGUCCCUAUUUAAUCGUUUUGACUGCUUUGUGGUCUGUGGCGGCAUUGUUGAAACCAUCCUGGUAGAGCUGCAAAUUAUGUCGCCUCUUGGAAUUUCAGUGUUCCGCUGUGUCCGUCUCCUCCGUAUUUUUAAAGUCACCAGGCACUGGACAUCCCUGAGCAACUUGGUAGCAUCCUUGUUAAACUCAAUGAAGUCCAUUGCUUCACUGUUGCUUCUGCUUUUCCUCUUCAUCAUAAUCUUCUCAUUGCUUGGAAUGCAGCUGUUUGGAGGCAAAUUUAAUUUUGAUGAAACUCAAACAAAACGGAGCACCUUCGAUAAUUUCCCACAAGCCCUUUUAACUGUAUUCCAGAUUCUAACAGGUGAAGACUGGAAUGCUGUUAUGUAUGAUGGCAUUAUGGCAUAUGGAGGCCCAUCUUCAUCAGGAAUGGUAGUCUGUAUUUAUUUCAUCAUCCUCUUCAUCUGUGGUAACUAUAUCCUGUUAAAUGUAUUCUUGGCUAUUGCGGUUGAUAACCUGGCAGAUGCUGAAAGUCUGAACACAGCUCAGAAAGAAGAAGCAGAAGAAAAGGAGAGAAAAAAGAGUGCCAGAAAAGAGAGUUUGGAUGCUAAAAAGGGUGACAAAUCAGAGGGUGAACCAAAGAAGGCCAAGGAUACUAAGGUUACAAUCAAUGAAUAUGGAGAAGAAGAAGAAGAAGACAAAGAUCCAUAUCCACCUUGUGAUAUCCCAGUAGGUGAAGAGGAAGAAGAGGAGGAAGAAGAAGAGCCUGAAGUACCUGCAGGUCCCCGACCCCGAAGAAUAUCUGAACUUAAUAUGAAGGAGAAGAUGACACCAAUUCCUGAAGGCAGCUCCUUCUUUAUUUUCAGCAGUACAAACCCGAUUCGAGUGGGUUGUCAUAGAUUAAUCAAUCACCAUAUUUUUACCAACCUCAUUCUUGUCUUCAUCAUGCUCAGCAGUGCUUCCCUUGCAGCUGAAGACCCUAUUCGCAGUCAUUCUUUUCGAAAUAAUAUACUUGGUUACUUUGACUAUGCUUUCACAGCCAUCUUUACUGUGGAAAUCCUUUUAAAGCUGACCGUGUUUGGAGCCUUCCUUCAUAAAGGGUCUUUCUGCCGGAAUUAUUUUAACUUGCUAGAUUUGUUGGUAGUAGGUGUUUCCCUUGUGUCAUUUGGCAUUCAAUCAAGUGCUAUAUCAGUUGUGAAGAUUCUGAGAGUUUUAAGAGUCUUAAGACCAUUACGGGCUAUUAACAGAGCAAAAGGACUUAAGCAUGUUGUUCAAUGUGUCUUUGUUGCCAUUCGAACUAUCGGUAAUAUAAUGAUCGUUACAACUCUACUCCAGUUCAUGUUUGCAUGUAUUGGUGUCCAGCUCUUUAAGGGAAAAUUCUAUCGAUGUACAGAUGAAGCAAAGCAAAAUCCUGUGGACUGCCAGGGAAUAUUUAUUGUUUAUAAAGAUGGAGAUAUGGACAGUCCAAUGGUGAGAGAGAGACAAUGGCAGAACAGCGAUUUCAACUUUGAUAAUGUCCUUACUGCUAUGAUGGCUCUUUUUACUGUUUCUACUUUUGAGGGCUGGCCUGCGCUUCUUUAUAAAGCUAUAGAUUCAAAUGGAGAGAAUGUAGGACCGAUCUACAAUUACAGAGUGGAAAUCUCUAUUUUUUUCAUCAUCUAUAUCAUUAUUAUUGCUUUCUUCAUGAUGAACAUAUUUGUUGGCUUCGUCAUUGUCACAUUCCAAGAACAGGGAGAACAAGAAUACAAAAACUGUGAACUUGAUAAAAAUCAGCGUCAGUGUGUAGAAUAUGCUUUGAAAGCCCGGCCGCUGCGUCGAUACAUUCCAAAAAAUCCUUACCAGUACAAAUUCUGGUAUAUGGUGAACUCUACUGUCUUUGAAUAUAUCAUGUUUGUCCUCAUCAUGCUCAACACCCUUUGCUUGGCUAUGCAGCACUAUGGACAGUCUAAACUUUUUAAUGAUGCAAUGGAUAUUCUGAAUAUGGUGUUUACUGCAGUGUUUACUGUUGAAAUGGUUUUGAAACUCAUUGCAUUUAAACCGAAGGGCUAUUUUAGUGAUGCCUGGAACUCGUUUGACUCCCUCGUCGUUCUUGGCAGCAUAGUAGACAUCGUUCUCAGUGAAGCCGAUCACUAUUUCACUGAUGCAUGGAACACUUUUGAUGCCUUAAUUGUUGUUGGUAGCGUCGUUGAUAUUGCUAUAACCGAAGUUAAUAACAGUGAAGACAGUGCUAGAAUCUCCAUCACAUUUUUCCGUCUGUUCCGAGUUAUGCGAUUAGUGAAGCUCCUCAGCAGGGGAGAAGGAAUCCGAACUUUAUUGUGGACAUUUAUUAAGUCAUUUCAGGCUCUACCAUAUGUUGCCCUUCUGAUAGCUAUGUUGUUUUUCAUCUAUGCAGUUAUUGGAAUGCAGGUAUUUGGCAAAGUUGCUCUGAAAGAUGGCAAUCAAAUUAACAGGAACAACAACUUUCAAACCUUCCCCCAAGCGGUGCUUCUUCUCUUCCGGUGUGCUACAGGAGAGGCUUGGCAAGACAUCAUGCUAGCUUGCAUGCCAGGAAAACGUUGUGAUCCAGAGUCUGAUUAUAACCCUGGAGAAGAAUACACAUGUGGAAGCAAUUUUGCUAUUAUUUAUUUCAUCAGUUUCUAUAUGUUAUGUGCUUUUUUGAUUAUCAAUCUUUUUGUGGCUGUCAUCAUGGACAAUUUUGAUUAUCUGACGCGUGAUUGGUCUAUCCUUGGUCCACAUCAUCUGGAUGAAUUUAAAAGAAUAUGGUCAGAAUACGAUCCUGAAGCAAAAGGAAGAAUAAAACAUCUUGAUGUUGUUACUUUAUUGCGACGCAUCCAGCCUCCCCUUGGUUUUGGGAAGUUAUGUCCUCACAGGGUAGCAUGCAAGCGGUUGGUAGCCAUGAACAUGCCCCUAAACAGUGAUGGAACAGUUAUGUUUAAUGCUACUCUAUUUGCUUUAGUAAGAACAGCCUUGAAGAUCAAAACUGAAGGAAAUCUAGAGCAAGCAAAUGAAGAACUCAGGGCAGUCAUAAAGAAAAUCUGGAAGAAAACUAGUAUGAAGCUCCUGGACCAAGUUGUUCCUCCUGCUGGUGAUGAUGAGGUAACCGUGGGGAAGUUCUAUGCCACCUUUCUGAUACAGGACUACUUUAGGAAAUUCAAGAAACGGAAAGAACAAGGACUGGUGGGAAAAUACCCUGCAAAGAACACCACCGUUGCAUUACAGGCUGGGCUUAGAACACUUCAUGAUAUUGGACCUGAAAUUCGCCGAGCUAUCUCCUGUGAUUUGCAAGAGGAUGAACCAGAACAAAAUCACCAUGAGGAGGAAGAAGUAUAUAAAAGAAAUGGUGCCCUGUUUGGAAACCAUAUCAAUCAUGUUAGCACUGAUACAAGGGAUUCAUUUCAACAGAUCAAUACUACCCAUCGUCCCCUGCAUGUGCAAAGGCCACUGGUUUCGUGUAUGGUGGACACGACUGAGAAAAAUGUGCAUCCACCAACAGGAAACUCUUUAUUCCAUAAUCAUCAUAGCCAUCACAACCACAAUUCAGUAGGGAAGCAAGUUCCCAACUCCACAAAUGCUAACCUCAAUAAUGCCAACAUGUCCAAGAUGGUAAACAGAAAACAUGCAAGCACUGGAAGUCAUGAACACAUGUCAGAAAGUGGGAGCCAAUCAUACUCCAGAAAAGAUCACCGGGAACGUAGACGUUCAUCCAAAAAGAGAGCUCGUUAUUAUGAAACUUACAUUAGGUCAGAAUCGGGUGACAGACAUAUACCUACAAUUUGUCGACAAGAUCAUGAAAUUAGAGAUUAUUAUAAUGAUGAUUGCUAUCUGGAUGAUCAGGAAUAUUUUAGUGGUGAUGAGUAUUAUGAAGAAGACAGUAUGUUGCCAGAAAACUGGCAUUCUCAUGACUACCAUAGCACAUAUCACUGUAAUGAUUUAGAUUUUGAACGGCCAAAGGGUUAUCAUCACCCACAUGGUUUUUUUGAGGAAGAUGACUCACCCGUGUAUUAUGAUUCCAAAAGAUCUCCUAGGAGACGGCUGCUACCUCCAACACCUACAUCCAAUCGCCGCUCUUCCUUUAAUUUUGAAUGCCUCCGCAGGCAGAGCAGUCAUGAUGAAUUACCACCCUCCCCUACCUUUCAUCAACACACUGCUUUACCUCUGCAUUUAAUGCAACAGCAGGUCAUGGCAGUUGCAGGUCUGGAUGCCACUAAAGUACAUAGGCAUUCUCCAAGUCGCUCAACACGUUCCUGGGCUACACCACCUAACCGGGAUCGCGUCCUUUAUUAUACACCUCUUAUACAAGUUGAUCAACCUGAUUCUACAGAAUAUAUGAAUGGUAGCUUGCCGUCUUUGCAUAGGAGCUCCUGGUAUACCGAUGACCCUGAUAUUGCAUAUCGGACAUUUACACCAGCUAAUUUGACUGUACCAAGUGAUUUUAGGCAUAAGUAUAGUGACAAGCAAAGAAGUGCCGACAGUUUGGUAGAAGCGGUGCUUAUAUCUGAAGGAUUAGGACACUAUGCAAGGGACCCAAAGUUUGUUUCUGCAACAAAACAUGAGAUUGCAGAUGCUUGUGACAUGACUAUCGAUGAGAUGGAAAGUGCUGCGAGCCACCUUCUCAAUGGAGACAUUAGCAAUGGAACUAAUGGUGACAUGUUCCCUAUUUUAAAUAGACAAGAUUAUGAACUUCAAGAAUUUGGUCCUGGCUUUAGUGAUGAAGAGCCAGAUACUGGAAAAUAUGAAGAAGACUUAUCUGAUGAAAUGAUAUGCAUUACAACCUUAUAGUAUUUAGUGAGGAGGGAAAAUAUGUUUGAUUUUAAACAAACAGAAGUGCCUCAUAGUUCUAUGA